AUGGUGUCUCAAUCUACUGCUUCAUCAUCAACGGUUUGGGGCUCAGUUUAUUCCCGAUCCGUCAUCAUCGGAAUCUAUGGAGUUCCCGGAUCAGGCAAGAGCUACCUCCUGGGCGAGUUAAAAUCAGCGCCAAAGUCUCCAUUCACCUUUUACGAAGGUUCGGAGGUCAUCGGCGACCUUGUCCCAGGAGGCCUCCCAGCCUUCAAGAAACUGGGAGAGGCCAUGCAAACAACUUGGCGCGGGUUAGCCAUCUCUAGGAUCCAACGCGAAUGCCAGGAAGUCCGUGCCACCGGGGUAGUUACCGGACACUACAUGUUCUGGGAUGAAGGGAAGGAGGAGGGAGAUCGAGUGAUCACCAAGGCUGACCUCGAGGUCUACACUCACAUCAUCUAUCUGGAUAUCCCUGCCUCCGCGAUUCGGGACAGCCGUGAAGGUGACACAAAGAGAGAACGGCCGAUUGUCUCUGUGGAACAUCUUGAAAAAUGGAAGGCCAUUGAAAAGGCCGAAUUGCGAUCCCUAUGUUGGGAAAACGGGAUCAUAUUCUCUCUGGUCUCGGGACCACCAAGGAAUUUUGUGGAUGAGGUUACCGCACUGCUGCUCGACUUCAAGAACCGCGACGAGCGAUCCAACCUAGACCUUGCCCUCGAAAAGGUGGACCGCUUCGCUACAUUGAUGGCGGCAAGCCGCGGGCCCCAGUUGGACACUAUCCUUGUCGUUGACGCCGACCGGACCCUGGCACCGCAGGAUACCGGUGCCCUGUUUUGGCAAGCUGUCGCCAAAUCCGAUAGGAUUUGGUCGGAGGUGGGCCCCGACAUUCUCAAAAAGCUCUUCGGCAGUAAGAUGGGCUAUUCCUACACCGCCUUUCGUCAGGCUGCGCUGCUUUAUCACGAAGUAGCUGAAAAUGGCGCCUUUGAGGCUCUGUGCGAUGAAGCGUCAUUGGGCGUUACAAUGCAUCCUGAAUUCGUUCAGUUCCUACGCGCGGUGGGAACGACACCCCAUGUCGCUGUCGUUGUCGUCACUUGUGGGCUGUCAGGAGUAUGGGAGCGCGUUCUCCAGCGAGAGGAUAUCCCCAGAUCAGUCCAAGUCAUCGGCGGAGGCCGCACCUUGGAUUCAGGUUCCCUUGUCGUAACACCUCAAAUCAAAGCAGCCAUUGUCGACCGCCUCAAGGGCGACGGCGACGACAAUAGGCGAGUUUGGGCAUUCGGUGACAGCCCAUUGGAUAUCCCCAUGCUACUUGAGGCGGAUGAAGCGGUCGUCGUCGUUGGGGAGGAACAUCUCAGGAGCAAGACCAUGGACGCGACUCUUUCAAGUGCUAUCAAAGGUCAAGGCCUCAAAGCACGGCAGCUUGUCCUUCCCAAAGGAUCUCCGCCGAGGUUAGACACGGAUAUCCUCCCUUUGGUAAAUCUCACAGAUGAUGUUAUUGUCAAUUCCCUCAUCCGCCGUCACCCCCAAUCCCGGAUUUGCCAUGCAACGGAGCGAAAUUCUGCAAAGCUCCUGAUGACACCCACUCGAAACGCGAAGAUCUCCGGACCCUCCCUUCGCCGGGCCCAUCACCAAGUAGGGCGCUACUUGGCAACCGAAUUCUUGACCGAAAUCAUUGGCGUGGAGAGCUACGACAUUCCUCACGUCCAAGGUGGCGUCACCAAGGGACAUCGCCUGCUCCAUGAAGAGAAGACGGUCAUCGCGGCUCUAAUGCGGGGAGGCGAGUCCAUGGCCUUUGGUGUCAGCGAGGCUUUCCCUCAGGCAACGUUUCUCCAUGCGCGGGGACUCGACGACAUCGAUUCUAGCUACGUCGGGAGAUUUGAGACCAUUCUGCUCGGCAACUCGGGGGCUUCAUCCUACGAUUAA